AUGGUGUUCAAACUCAAGUUUCUUUUCGACGGGUUGAUUCCAAUUAAAAUCUAUUUCAAAGAACUUUGGUGUCUUGGUGGCUGGAUUCAUGAAACUUUUGCUUCGACUUCAUCAUAUUUGACACGAUUUCUGCGGCACAAUAAGGAACAGUCGUUUCGGAACUAUGAAAACCGGCACGCAGUGAAUAUUUAUCAGCGCAAUACCUGUGUGCUUAACAGAUCGUCAAAUGAGUUCAAAAGUAGACAGUUUCGAAAAAGGACAGUGCCGCUGAUUGGAACCAUAUUAAUAUUCAUUCAUUCGUAUCCUAUUCAUAUGAUACCUGUCUUUGUUAGUGUUGGAGCCGUAGAGAUGUUAACUACGUUAGCCCGAUCAAGGAUCCAGAAGAAAGAAGACCAAGCAGAAGCCAAUCAAGGAUUCAGAAGAAAGAAGACCGAGCAGAAGCCGAUUAAGGAUCCAGAAGAAAGAAGACCGAGCAGAAGCCGAUUAAGGAUCCAGAAGAAAGAAGACCGAGCAGAAGCCGAUCAAGGAUCCAGAAGAAAGAAGACCAAGCAGAAGCCGACCAAGGAUUCAGAAGAAAGAAGACCGAGCAGAAGCUGA